AUGUCGUCCACGAGCGAGCAGAACUGCGAGGUGCAGCUGGCGGCCGAAAUCGAGGUGCUGAAGGGCGCCCUGGCGGACAAACACUCGCAGCUGCUGGCGAUGGAGAGCGCCUGCCUGCAGGAGAGCGACCGGCAGGUCGAGCUCGAGGACAGCAUCAUCGCGUGGCAGGACAAGUACGAGCGGCUGUACGAGUCGCACAAGCGCGUCCAGAAGCUGAACCAGAACCUCGAGGACAAGCUGCUGAAGCUGGUUGACCGGAAUUCGGGUGAGCGGGCGCAGCUGACCAGCGACGUGGCCACGCUCAGCGUCCGGUUGGCCCAGGCGAACUACAACAUCCAGAGCCUGAAGCGGGAAAUCGAACGCUACAAGACCGACAUCAGCGUCGCCAUACAGCUGCUGCAGUGCAAACCGGACAGCUUCGUCUCGCCAAAACUUUCCUCGCUUCCGAUCGAGAUCCAGUCGAAGGUUGCCACCUACAUGCGCCUCGACACGAACUCCCACUCGGACUCGGAGGGCAGCACGAGCGGGGUCGGUAUGGCCACCACCAGCUCCUACCACGUCCUGCCCGCCUCCGACAGUCCGCCCACCAUCUGCCCCUUCCCCCCGACCGCCAUGGUCUAUUCCAUGCGGGGACUCGGUAAGUGUUAG